AUGGAGCAUACUUUCAUGACCAUUCACAACCUCACCCCCGACUGCAACAUACUCUUUGCCUCGGAUUCCAUCACCGAUAUACUGGGCUGGCGGCCCGAGGAGGUACAUGGAAGAUCAGUCUUCAGCUACUUCCACCCUGACGAAGUCCCAUUUGCGCGAUCCAUCCACAGCCGGGGCAUCCUGCUCGACAAGGCUGCCAGUCUUCACUAUGCCAGAUUGGUGACGAGGGACGGCCAGUGGGCCAGCUGUGAAUGCUGUUUCACAGUUGUCCAUGAUGUGCUGGUGGCAUGCACCAGCAUUUACCGUCGAGAUCAGAAAAGCGAAAGACGGGCGAUCGAGGGAGCUCAGAUUCGAAGAAUAUUCUCGUCAUCUCCUAGGGACCCGCGUUACCACAUGCUGGAACACCUCUCGCCCAAAUUCAAGAUGCCGCCUGUGGAGCGCGAACCUCGAGCGGCGCUCAUCCUGAAUCGAUUCACCAGGAAUUUGUCAAUCAUGUUCUCCACCAAUGCUGUGGCCUCUGUUCUCGGGCUCACUCCUGAUCAAGUCAAGGACAAGAGCUUCUACCGAUGUAUCCAAGAGAGGUGCCUGCCGGAUGCAGUCAAGUGCCUUGAAGGCGCAAAGGCUAACGACUCCAUCGCUUAUCUGCGUUUCUGGUCGCGUGAUCCCAGAGAAGCAGAAGAUUUUGAAGAUGGAAAUGACGAAGCCGACGGCGAAGACCAUCCAAUGGAUGACGAAGACCGGCACAGCAGUACCAGUGACUCCGAGGGCGGCGGUGCCGAGUUGGACAGUCACAUGGCUCUUGACGAGGACGAUACCACUGUCCGCGGAGGCAUCAAACAAGAGGAAGAAGAUGAAUCUAUGGACUCGGUGCCUUCAGCAAGCAGCAGUUCUGUGCACGAGCCGGCUGGAAAUGCCGCCUCGAGUUCACGAUCUGGAAACCCUCAGCAAGGCCUCAGCAGCCAACGUGCUUCAGCCGGCAAUGCUGUUCAGCGUCGACGGCCAGGUCGAAGGCAGCAGAGGCGACGCGGCCCUCAGCAGCCGUUGCCCGCAGUUGAGCUUGAAGCUGUUGUCUCCUGCACCUCAGAUGGUCUCGUCGUGGUGCUAAGGAGGGCUCGACCGGCUAUCCCGCCCGCCCAUCCUCCUCUCGCCCUGCCUUGGGACUUCGAGAAUGGCCUCUUCGCUGCACCGUGGGCACCGCAGCCAGUGCGCCCAUUCGUUCCGCCUGAGAUGCUCUAUACCUUCCGCCCACCGCUGAUGCCACAGUAUAUGCCUCUCCAGGACCACGUCAGGGCUGCCGGAGGACCGCCCAAUGAUCAAUUGAUGCACUCCAUCCGUGAAGUGGGUGUCUUCGCUUGGGGCUUAUGCGGGAUCAACGGCAACCUCCACGCGUUUUCUCAUGGGAACCCCAUGGAUGAGGCGGUGCCUCCUGAUGGGCUGCCGGUAUGGGAUCCUUCUGCAACUGGCUCCCCAUACCAGCCCCCGGAGAACCAAGCUGCUGCCAAGUGGGCGGCGAUGGUGGCCCAGCAGAGCCCCUUUGGAUCCUCCGUUAGCUCGGGGACGCACCGACAGCGCGAGCUGCAGCAACAGAUGCACAGCCCGAUGUACUACAGCUUUGCGUCAGCAUCGGGGACGCAGUCGAGGUCUUCUGAACCGCAUGUACCUUCCUCUGGCCCGUCCGCCGGUCACACGCAAGCUUCCAGUCAGCCUGGGACGCCUCACGACCUGUCUUAA